AAUGCUAAGUGGGCAGGGAGAAGGAUAUUACAUUGUUUAUAUAUUAAAUUAUGUUUAUAUGAAAAUUCAAGGGAAAAAUAACAAAAUUAGCAAAAAUCAGUUGUUGGACAGGGCGAACUUUUUUUUUUUUUUUUGCUUGCUAUCUUUCCCUUUUUCCUACAUUCCAAGUGUUUUGUGAUUUCAUUUGCUUAUUUAAAAAAACCUAAAAAUUAAAGACAUCUUCAGAACAAAAUAAUACAAAGUCCAUUUAAUUUCAUCCACCAAAAACAUUUUUGUUUUCUUAUGCUUAUAACAUAAUUUAUGUUCAUUGUGCAAACAAACAUGAGAUGUUCCAAAAAAUAUAAAUGAGGACAUUAAAAAUUACUGUAAUUCCAAAAUCUAGCUAUAUUCUCUAUUAACAUUUUGGUGUACGCUGCUGGACUGAGCUGGUUGCCUCCUGUUAUUGUGUAGGCGACUCACUUUAUCCCAACUUCUUGAUACUUCGGCUUCUGGAGGUCAUAUUUCUCUAACAUCUUCCAGAAAAGUCUUCAAGCUGCCUUAACCUUUUUUCCAGUCUACCUCUUACAUUUUUUUCUCCUCUUCCUCAAUACUAACAUGAGUGUGGAUCCAGCUUGUCCCCAAAGCUUGCCUUGCUUGGAAGCAUCCCACGGUAAAGAAUCUUCACCUAUGCCUGUGAUUUGUGGGCCUGGAGAAAACUAUCCAUCCUUGCAAAUGUCUUCUGCUGAGAUGCCUCACACGGAGACUGUCUCUCCUCUUCCUUCCUCCAUGGAUCUGCUUAUUCAGGACAGCCCCGAUUCUUCCACCAGUCCCAAAGGCAAACAACCUACUGCUGCAGAGAAUAGUGCCACAAAAAAGGAAGACAAGGUCCCGGUCAAGAAACAGAAGGCCAGAACUGUGUUCUCUUCCGCCCAGCUGUGUGUACUCAAUGAUAGAUUUCAGAGACAGAAAUACCUCAGCCUGCAGCAGAUGCAAGAACUUUCCAACAUCCUGAACCUCAGUUACAAACAGGUGAAGACCUGGUUCCAGAAUCAGAGAAUGAAAUCUAAGAGGUGGCAGAAAAACAACUGGCCAAAGAAUAGCAAUGGUGUGACUCAGAAGGCCUCAGCACCUACCUACCCCAGCCCCUACUCUUCCUGCCACCAGGGAUGCCUGGUAAACCCGACUGGGAACCUUCCGACAUGGAGCAACCAGACCUGGAACAAUUCAUCCUGGAGCAACCAGACCCAGAACAUCCAGUCCUGGAGCAACCACUCCUGGAACGCUCAGACCUGGUGCACCCAGUCCUGGAACAAUCAGGCCUGGAACAGUCCCUUCUAUAACUGUGGAGAGGAAUCUCUGCAGUCCUGCUUGCAGUUCCAGCCAAAUUCUCCUGCCAGUGACUUGGAGGCUGCCUUGGAAGCUGCUGGGGAAGGCCUUAAUGUAAUACAGCAGACGACUAGGUAUUGUAGUACUCCACAAACCAUGGAUUUAUUCCUAAACUACUCCACGAACAUGCAACCUGAAGAUGUGUGAAGAUGAGUGAAAUUGAUAUUACUCAAUUUCAGUCUGGGCACUGGCUGAACCUUCCUGUCCCUUCCCCGCCUCCCUGAUAGGAUUUUUCUCAUUUGGAAACCACGUGUUCCGGUUUCCAUUAUGCCUAUCCAGUCAGUUUGAUGGAGGGUGGAGUAUGGUUGGAGCCUAAUCAGAGAGGUUUCUUUUUUUCCUAUUAGAUCUUCCUGGAGAAAAGACAUUUUAAUAACUUUGGCUGCUAAGGACAACAUGAUAAAAGCUGUCUCUGGCUAUAGAGAAGUAGAUCUAAUACUAGUUUGGAUAUCUUUACAGUUUAGAAUCUAACCUCAAGAAUAAGAAAUACAAGUACAAAUUAGUGUGAUGAAGAUAUUCCUAUUGUUUGGGAUUGGGAGGCUUUGCUUAUUUUUUAAAAACCAUUGAGGUAAAGGGUUCAGCUGUAACAUACUUAAUUGAUUUCCUCGCCCUCUUUGGCUCAGUUUUACUAUAUUCCCUGAUUUGUUGGUUAUGCUAAUCUUUGUAGAAAGAGGUCUUGUCUUUGCUGCAUCGUAAUGACAUUAGUACUACUUUAGUCGGUUUAAGUACAAAUGAAUCAAACAACUAUUUUUCCUUGAGUUGAUUUUACCCUGAUUUCACGUAGUGUUUCGAUAAGUAAAUAUAUGCUUAA